AUGAAGAGCUCUUUGCCUUUCCUAUCAUCAACAGUUUUUCCUACGCUGAGCACAUUGUUCUUCCUUGUUUUUCUCUUCAAUUACUCGUAUGCAACAAUAACACCAGUCAAUUCGAAUCAACUUUCGAAUAAGACAACAAUUUUGGCGGGAGACAAUUUUCUGUACCUAUUUGUGUGGAAGGACUUGCAAAUUCAUUCGCUGGAUGAUUUAUUUUCUGGUAAUGCUUCAUCUAAACCACUUAAAUUCUUCUCCUUUGAUACUGAUAAUAUUUCUACGAUUAAUAUGAGGAAAAUGAUUGGAAUGAUAAAUACGAAACAGUUUAAUUCGAUACCAGAAAGAUGGAAUUUUUAUCAGAUUCAAUUUGGAAGAAAUUCUGAAUGUAUAUUUGGAAGUGUUUUUGAAAAUUUUGAUAUCAUGAUUGGGAGAUCAAGUGAAUUUUCGGAUAGGAUUCGAUUAAAUAGAAAUCAUAGACGAAACAGAAAGAAAGAGGGCGAUGAUUGGUUGAAUUCUAAUGAUUUUGUCGCAAUUCCACUCUUUCCAACAAGAUUUUACAUUGAGAGUGAUGGGAAUGAAGUGGAUUCUUCUCAAAUUACUCAAGAAUUAUUCGAAACAUUAUUGAAUGUGACAAACACGACUCAAUUGACUUGUAAACAAUCGGUUGAACAUGAUAGCUCACUAUUUGAAAGACUGCACGGAUCUCUAUACAUGACAAAUCAACAAUUUGAUUGGAGUGCCAAAUACUUUAACAUUUCAUCGGACUAUUCCUAUAACAUGACAUUUAUUUCACAAGCAACUAUUCGAUACGAAUCAGCAGGUGGCCAACCAUUAUUUCUAACAAAUUCAAUAAUAGAUAGUCAAUUAUGGUCAUCCUUAUGUUUCAAAUGUGAUAGCUUCUCAUGUGUGUCAGAACGUUGGGGAUGGCAAGACACUUUGGAUAUCAUUGUAGUUUCGUUUGGUUUCGUAUUCUAUGCCAUUCUCUUCAUUUCUGGAUCUUUCAAAUCACCAGUGGUCUACCGAAAGUAUGGAAUCAUUUUCGUUGCAACAUUUUUCAAUAUGUGUGAAUUCUCCUCAACCCUUAAUGCCUUCAACAAUACGUGCGUCACCUUGGGCGUUGUUUUUGCCAAUUUUUCCGCAUGCAUGAUGGCAUUCAUUUAUAUUUUCACAGUUUUGAGAUACUUUUAUUUGAGGAAUUUGUAUCAUUUUGUAAAGAAUUCGAAACAUCCCAAGUUUCUAAAGUAUUUGGCGAGUGAAUCGUUGGGUUUCGUCUUUACAAUCGUCUUGCCAAUUCCUGUGAGUGCACUAUUUCUAAUACCAAUAUGGAUAUUGAUACCGAGCUAUAGUUUACCAACAAUUAAUACCACCAAUAAUUUAAUUGUCAUAUUUAUUUGUGCACUGUCAUGCAUUGCUGGUAUUAUUUUCUUACUUUUUGAUGCAUUCAAAAAUAGAAAUAUCAUUUCCAAAUAUGGAUUUAGAAGAUUUUUCAUUUUUGAAGAUCCAUACUAUUUCAGAAUUGACCUCCUCUCCCUAGUGGUCAUACUAAUAAUCCUCAUUGCUGGUGCAAUCGUCUUUGCGAGUGCUCCUACCUAUGUGCCAGCAUUAAGGUUUUGCAUUGGAUUGGCAAUUUACAUGAUUGGCGGUGGAACUUCAAUGAUAUUUCUUCUAUUGGAACGAUUGAAAUCACUAAGCAAGAAGAAGAUUCAAUCGUAUGAGAAAAUGGACAAGUAUGAUAUUUACAUUGAAAUGAUUAAGAAGAAUACCAAUGAGGAUUUGAUUCAAUUAUUUAGAACUUAUUGUUCCAAAUCAUUGGCUCUGGAAAAUUACAUGUUCAUUGAGAUGGUUAUGGAAUCUAAGAGAAAAUCAGAGAAUAUUUCAAUUGAAAAUUUGCAGAGAAUUCACAAACAAUUUUUAAUUCCUUAUUCGGCUUAUGAGGUCAAUAUUCCAUCAGGUGCCAGAGAAAGAUAUGUCGAUAAUUUCGAAAAGGUAACGAAAAAUAAUGAAACCAAGACGAAUAUUCAAAUUUUGGACGAAAUCAUGUUGGAAGUGGAAGCAAAUCUCAAAUCAACAUUUAACAGAUUUGAGAGAACUUCAGAAUUUUUGGAAUGGAGAGAAAUCUAUGCACUCCAAAAAGAAAAAUCUGCCAUUAAAACUUUCCCAAUUGAGCUAUAA